CCCAGCCAGGGAGUCUCCAGAGGUGAGGCUGUUGUUUAAAACCUUGGAGCCAAGAGAGGGGACCACACAUUCCCGGGGAGCUCUCCGAGAGGGAUCUGGAGAAAGGCAGGGGAGCAUAGGACCUGGGGUGAGGUGUCCUCUCUGGGAACCUGCACUGGCCCACAAUGACAGCACUUUUACUCCUGUGGCUUGCCUUGCCUGGCCUCCUGCAUGCCCAACAAGACUGCUCCCGAGGGGCCUGUUAUCCACCUGUUGGGGACUUGCUCAUUGGAAGGACUCAGCUUCUUCGAGCCUCAUCGACCUGUGGAAUGACCAAGCCAGAGACCUACUGUACCCAGUAUGGAGAGUGGCAGAUGAAAUGCUGUAAGUGUGACUCCAGGCUGCCUCACAAUUACAACAGUCACCGAGUGGAGAAUGUCGCACCAUCUUCAGGCCCCAUGCGCUGGUGGCAGUCACAGAAUGAUGUGAACCCUGUCUCUCUGCAGCUGGACCUGGACAAGAGAAUGCAGCUUCAGGACAUCAUGAUGGACUUUAAGAGUCCUAUGCCAGCCGGCAUGUUGAUCGAGCGCUCUUCUGACUUUGGCAAGACCUGGAGGGUGUACCAGUACCUAGCUACAGACUGUGCCAGCACCUUUCCCCAGGUCCACCAGGGCCAGCCCAAGAACUGGCAGGAUGUCCGGUGCCAGCCCCUGCCCCAGAAGCCUAAUGGACGUCUAACUGGGGGGAAGAUCCAGCUUAAUCUUAUGGAUUUGGCGUCAGGUAUUCCUGCAUCCCAAAGUAGAAAGAUUCAAGAAUUAGGAGACAUCACAAACCUAAGAGUCAACUUCACCAAGCUGGCCCCUGUGCCUCGGAGGGGUGCCUAUCCACCCAGCGCCUACUUUGCAGUGUCACAGCUACGUCUACAUGGAAGUUGCUUCUGUCAUGGACAUGCCAACCGCUGUGCCCCCAGUCCUGGAGGCCCUACAGGCCGCACCACGGCUGUGCAGGUCCAGAAUGUCUGCAUCUGCCAGCACAACACGGCUGGCCCCAACUGUGAGCGCUGUGCCCCCUUCUACAACAAUCGGCCAUGGGGACCUGCAGAGGGCCAGGAUGCCCAUGAGUGCCAAAGGUGUGACUGCAACGGGCACUCAGAGACCUGCCACUUUGACCCAGCUGUGUUCGCUGCCAGCCAGGGGACACAUGGAGGUGUGUGUGACAACUGCCGAGACCACACCGAGGGCAAGAACUGUGAGCGCUGUCAGCUACACUAUUUCCGGAAUAGACGACCCGGCGCUCCCAUUCAGGAGACCUGUAUCCCCUGCGAGUGUGAUCCAGAUGGAGCAGUGCCAGGAGCUCCCUGUGACCCGUUGACCGGCCAGUGUGUGUGCAAGGAAUAUGUGCAAGGAGAGCGCUGUGACCUUUGCAAACCUGGCUUCACCGGACUAACCUUUGCCAACCCACAGGGCUGCCACCGCUGUGACUGCAGCAUCCUAGGCGCCCGACGAGAUAUGCCUUGUGAGGAGGAAAGUGGGCGCUGCUUGUGUCUUCCCAACGUGGUGGGCCCCAAAUGUGACCAGUGUGCCCCUUCCUACUGGAAGCUGGCCAGUGGCAGAGGCUGCGAGCCCUGUGCGUGUGACCCACGCAACUCCCUCAGCCCCCAGUGCAACCAGUUUACAGGGCAGUGUCCUUGUCGAGAAGGGUUUGGUGGCCUGACAUGCAGUUCUGCAGCCAUCCGCCAGUGUCCUGACAAGACCCAUGGAGAUGUAGCCUCUGGGUGCCGUGCAUGUGACUGCAACUUCGGAGGAACCAAGGGUCCUGGCUGUGACAAAGCCUCAGGCCGCUGCCUCUGCCGCCCUGGCGUGACGGGGCCCCGCUGUGACCAGUGCCAGAGAGGCUACUGCGACCGCUACCCAGUAUGUGUGGCUUGCCACUCUUGCUUCCAGACCUAUGACAUGGAUCUUCAGGAGCAGUCUCAGCGUCUCGGUGGUCUCCGUAAUACCACAGAAGGCCUGUGGACGGGGACAGGUCUGGAAGACCGUGGCCUAGCCUCUCGAUUGCUAGAUGCCAAGAGCAAGAUCGAACAGAUCAGACAGAUCCUGGGGGGCAGCUCUGUCACAGAGCAGGACGUGGCUCAGGUGGCAAAUGGCAUCUUGUCUAUCAGGCGGACUCUUCAGGGCCUGCAGUUGGACCUACCCUUAGAGGAGGAGAUGGAGUCCUUCUCUGGAGACCUGGGGAAUCUGGACAGAAGCUUCAAUCGCCUCCUCCUUAUAUACCAGAGCAAGAAGGAGCAAUUUGAGAAGCUAAGCAGUGCAGACCCUUCAGGAGCCUUCCGCAUGCUGACCACUGCUUAUGAGCAGUCCUCCCGGGCUGCGCAGCAGGUGUCUGACAGUUCCAGCCUGCUGAGCCAGCUGAGGGUCAAUCGAAGGGAGAUAGAAGGGCUGGAGAGUCAGGCUGGGGGAAGAGGAGCCGGAGGAGCCCAGCUCAUGGCCCUGCACCUGGAGAUGGCGUCUCUGCCUGACUUGACACCCACCAUCAACAAGCUUUGUGGCAGCUCUAGACAGGCAGCCUGCACCCCAGGAGCAUGCCCUGGAGAGCUGUGUCCCCACGACAAUGGCACAGCCUGUGGCUCUCACUGCAUGGGAACCCUGCCCAGAGCCAGAGGGGCCUUCCACAUGGCAGGGCAAGUGGCUGAUCAACUACGGGGCUUCAACUCCCAGCUCCAGCAGACCAGGCAGAUGAUUAGGGCAGCUGAGGAGGCCGCAUCAAAGGUCCAGUCAGAUGCCCAGCGCCUCGAGACCCAGGUGAGCACCAGCCGCUUGCAGAUGGAAGAAGAUGUCCAGCGCACACGGCUUCUCAUCCAGCAGGUCCGGGGCUUCCUCACAGACCCUGACACAGAUGCAGCCACCAUCCAAGAGGUCAGUGAAGCAGUGUUGGCGCUCUGGCUGCCCACUGACUCAGCCACAGUGCUGCGCAAGAUGAAAGAGAUCCAGGCCAUUGCUGCCAGGCUCCCCAAUGUGGACCUAGUGCUGUCCCGGACCAAGCAGGACAUCGCACGGGCCCGCAGGCUCCAGGCAGAGGCUGAGGAGGCCAGAAGCCGAGCCCAAGCUGUGGAAGGCCAGGUAGACGAUGUGGUUGGGAACCUUCGGCAGGGCACCGUGGCUCUGCAGGAAGCUCAGGACACUAUGCAGGGCACCGGCCGCUCCCUUCGACUCAUCCAGGAAAGGGUUGCUGAGGUCCAGCAGGUCCUGGUGCCAGCUGAAAGGCUGGUGAGAGGCAUGAAGGAGCAGCUGAGUGGAUUUUGGGCACGGAUGGAGAGGCUCCGCCACCAGGCCCAGGAGGAGCAGGCACAGGCAAUUCAGGCCCAGAAGCUUGCAGAGGGUGCCAACGAGCAGGCAUUGAGUGCCCAAGAGGGCUUUGAGAGACUCAAGCAAAAGUAUAAAGAGUUGAAGGACCGGCUGGGUCAGAGUCCCAUGCUGGGUGAGCAAGGCAGUCGAAUCCUGAGCAUCAAGACAGAGGCAGAGGAGCUGUUUGGGGAGACCAUGGAAAUGAUGGACAAAAUGAAAGACAUGGAGUCAGAGCUGCUUCGUGGGAGUCAGGCCAUCAUGCUGCGCUCAGCAGACCUGUCAGGGCUGGAGAAGCACGUGGAGCAGAUCCGUGGUUACAUCAAUGGGCGUGUGCUCUACUAUGCCACCUGCAAGUGACCUUAAGCCCCAACCUCAUGCACAUUCCCCUCUGCCUUGGAAGGGCACACUGGCAGGGGUGGGGGUAGGGGGGGAGUGCCCUAGGACACUCCGAUACCAUUGGCAGCGCCAUCUGGUCACUCUGGGUGUGCCGCUGCUAGGUAUCUGACUGCCACUGAGCCUGUUUUUGCAUGACCACAUUGAAGGGAAUGAUGUGUGUGGGGGGAUGGGCUAUCACAGCUGGAGGUCCCCCAGCUCAGGAAGCUGGGCUGCACAGUAUCUGCCCCCCCAACACCUUCUUUUGCCCUCCACUGCGAUGGAGUCUGGGAUCAACACAAAAACUAGACGGAGUGAUGUACAAACACAAAGCCCAAUUAAAAAACAAAACCUUUGCGCAGGAGCCUGGAAGCUCUAGAAGAAAACGACCUGACUCUGCACUAAGUACCCUUCAUCACCUUUUCUGCCUCCCGUUGAGGCUCCCGUGAGCUCCGUCUUAUCGCUUGCCCCGAUUAUUCAGUCUAGCUCAGUUGGCUUCUGCGUUCAGGCAGCUUGAACUCUGUCUUGGGACUGAAAGUCCACCUGUUUCCACU